GUUUUCUUAGUUGUUUCCCCUCCCUCUUGCCUACUCCACAUGUCAUACUAUGCCUAAACGGAAGCAGAACACUAGCUGUGGCCCCUGUCGACGUGCCCGUAUUGGGUGUGACGCUGCGUUGAGAGGAGUGGAAGCCUGCUCUAAUUGUGUCCGAAGAAACAAGACAUGCACUGCUACGCAGCUGCGCAAGGCAACACGAUCUCGAGGCACAUCAGGUCUUACGAGUAUCACCGAUAUAAUCGAUGUCGCCCCAAGUUCCGUGCUGCCAGAGGAGGUGCCGAGUCGAAGCCUGUGCCAUGAAUCACGGCUCUACCAAAAUCACGAGGCACUAGCAUUGCAUCAUUAUCUGUGGGAUGCAUAUACAGCUCUCUUUGAGCCACAGUUUGGUCUCUGGAUGGGCAAUGACUGCUGCCCUUUUAAACAUUUUCCCACUGCCCCAAAAACACUCAUCUCUAGGCUGAUGAUCUCACUGGAUAUUACCAGAAGUCAACAGGCAUUGAAUCAGGAACCCCGCCACAAAGCCUCUAACCCCGCCGAUGAUAUUAUAAUAAACAACGCUUUGAUCAGAGCGGUUCAUGCAUUCUCGGCCCGUUGGAUAGUUGCAAAGCUUCCAGGUCACGAUCGACUGCCUACUAUUGACAUCACACGACAAUCUCAUGACAGGAUCUCGGAUAUCUUAUGGCACCGUGCCCGCCAAGAUAUGUACAAGCUCUUGGCCAGGGUGAGUUAUCGGUCUAGCCUCGCUUUGUAUCUAUUUGGUAUUACUCCCACACGCGCGCAAAAUCCGGAGGCGCAUUUUAGCGAUGUGUGCCGAGAGAUGUCGUUGAAACAGUUGAGGGAGUUGCGGGACGCGGACAGAUGCCCGCCACCGCGGCUGACAACUCCUUUGAGUAUCGAAGAUAUGAGCCCGGUGGUUGAUCGAUACAGCUGUGGUUCUCAGUAUCACCAGAUGGUAGACACAGCGUAUUGGUUCGGAAUAGUUUGCGACACUUCGAGAUGUCUCCUGACUGGGUCCGCAAGUGUUCUCUUUCCCGAUCGCACGGCUCAUCUAUCAGUCCGGCAUAUCUUGAGACGGCAGAUUGAGGGCUUUCGUUCGAACUCUGAGGGGUUGUGUCAGUCCAAAUCGCCCUUGCCGGAAAAUACAAUAUACAAGAUCGUCUGUCACGGUUCGGCUGCAAAGUCACUGUGCUGGCUGGCGAUAGUCCCAGUUCAGAGGGCGAUUAUCUGCAGUGAGGCAGAUACCGCCCUCGACGAGACGAUCGGACAAUGCAUCAGGGAGAUUGAGCAAUUUGAAAGUCUUUUCUCUCCGUUUCUUGACAUGUUCUUGAGAGACUAUUUAUUGCUUAGUAGGGAGCUCAGAGUAAGCGUUUACUUGUUAACGAUCCAUUUUCAUCUGGGGGUGCUCGUGUUUUUGAAUAUCCCCACUCAAGGUUCAGAGUUGAGUGGCUUGAUUCCGAAUUAUUUGGAGCUUCUCCUGAAUUCCACCCGGCAAAUCGUUAACGUUAUACGGAUGUCACUGUGUACAAGUGGCAGUCCUCACCCGGGCAACGACCAAACCAUCCUGCUUGAUCCAUACCCGGAGCACGUCAGUGAUAGUCUCUGGUACGCUGGGCGUGGGAUUCUUACACUUGCCAGAGAAAGGAUAUUGUCCCUCAUUGCUGUCGAAUCAAUGCUCUCCGUUGUCCUCUGUGGCCUCUCACAUUUGACAAAGAUAUCCUUCUCCGCAAGAGAACGUUUACCUUUGCUAAGGCAGCUGUGUGUAGCAUCAGGCUACGAAGCUACGAUCAACAAUGUACUCCCUUGCUUUUCAGCAGAUACCUCGGCACCCUCUAGCACUUCGCAAUCUGCCUGGGUAGAUGGAGCUGAACGGUUAACCAACGAAAGCCUAUGUGACGCCACUCUCGUCACCAAUACGAUUUAUGGAUAUGAUAAUAGGGUGGGACUCAAUCAGAGGGCGCUAGGGUGGGCUAGCGACGAAGUCGAUUGGAGCCAAAUUGACUCUGUUCUAGAACAGUGGAAAUUCUCGGACUGUUUUGUCGAUAUGGACUGGUGGCCUGGAGAAUAGGAGUCAAUUAUGAGUAUGUAUGCACCCAUGUGGGUAGGUUUCAGCCAGAAAAUACUCUCCACAAUUGGGACGCACAAAGUAGUUGAGAACUUGUAGUAGAUGACAUUGUUUAGUGUGAGGAAACCCAAACAUUCAUCGCAAAGAAGAUACAUGCUUCUAGACUAGCAUCGCGUUUAUUUGUUGCAAGCGAUUUACAACUUCGCACCCUCCAAUGAUAGAGCUGGGAGGAUCCUAGCUCGACACUCACCAAACCCAAACCAGUCCCCGCUGCGAGCACUCUGACACCAGCCCUCCAUGAUAACCUCAUC